AUGCCGAGAGAUGAUGAGGAGCCAAUUAUUGGCGCUGAUGAUGAGUUGCUGGACACCGAAGUGCAGUCGCCGCCACCCAGCAAUCGGACAUUCGCUAGCUGGCUGAAACGACCCCGCUCGCUUAUUUUAGAGCCCGCCGUAUUUCUGGUUUUCUUUGGAAGAUUCCUAACAGAUGCCGUUUACCAGAACCAGAUACUCUACCAGACCUGCGUCACGGUCAUGAAAUACAAUGCUACCGAAUGCGAGCCAUUUCUCGGUACGGAUCGUGCCUCCGAUGAGGUUAAGAAGAUCGAGGGGCAAGUUCAGGAGUAUGCCUCGACCAUCACAAUGAUAAGCUCGAUGCUCGAGAGCACCGUUCCCGCCAUAGUAAGCCUCUUCCUGGGACCCUGGUCAGAUAAGUUCGGCAGAAGGCCCAUCCUGCUAUCCACGUUUACAGGCUAUUUUUUCAGCGCCAUCAUCCUGGUUGUUCUUACUCAAAUAACGACUGCCGUCAACAUCAGUCCCUGGUGGUUUCUCUUGUCCUCUGUGCCAUCGGUGUUCAGCGGAGGCACCUGCGCCCUCAUCACUAUCCUCUACUGCCAUGUAUCCGAUGUGGCCACCGAGGAUAAGCGGGCCAUGAGAAUGGUGACAAUGGAAGCUGCCCUUGGCCUGGGCAUGAUGGCUGGCGGAGUGGCUAGUGGCUACAUCUAUGCGGCUACUGGAGCUUCAAUACUCUUUAUAUUGGUGGGAUCCAUUAUCUCCAUUGCGCUCAUAUACGUCUACUUCUUUGUGGCCGAGAGUCUGAAGUCUGAAGAUUUGCAAACUGGGUCCCGAAUCCGCGAGUUCUUCCGUUUGGACCUAGUUAAGGUCCUCGUAAAGACCUGCAUCAGGAAGCGCGAGAACUACGAUCGUGCUAUCAUCUGGUUUGUGAUGAUGUCGCUGACACUGUGCGUUUUUGCCAUGGAGGGCGAGUCCACAGUGAACUACAUGUUCAUGCGGAAGCAGUUCGACUACACGGUCCAGGACUACAGUGUGUUUAACGCGGCCAGGGUGGUCAUUCAAGUGGUUGGCAGUACCAUCGCUAUGAUCCUACUGCGCCGCCUUCUGGGAUUGUCCACCAUCAUGAUGACGCUACUGGCCUUCGCCUGUUGUGUUCUCGAGAGCACGGUCAGAGCCACGGCCGUUUAUGGCAGCGAGAUGUACUUGGCCCUCAUAGUGGGCAUGAUGCGGGGCGUCAUGUCGCCCAUGUGCAAGGCCAUCCUGUCGCACGUGACUCCCAGCUCGGAGUUGGGUAAAAUCUUCUCGCUAACUACUUCCCUGCAGUCCAUUUCUCCUUUGGGAGCGGCACCUCUCUAUACGGCCGUAUACCAGGCAACAGUCAACUUCUAUCCGGGCAUCUUUAACUUCAUCAGUGUGGGACUGUACUUCCUGUGUUACUGCAUGUCGGCCGCGGUUUUCGGCAUUCAAAAGUCAAUGGGUAGCAACAGCGUUUACCAGGCCAUAGGAAGUUGACCCAAUGGAGUUGUGAACCAUUCAUAGGCCAGUGUAUCAAUAUGUAUGUACAUAUAUAAGUAUUAUUGCGGAGAUGUAUUUGCUAUGCCAAUUUAGGCUAAGCCUAAACCAUUGUAAACUGCAAGCUGUAGAGGAAUUCAUAGGUCAGCCAUAAAAAAUUCACCAAAGACUUAGAUUAAAUAAAUAUGUAUAUAUAAAUAAAUUGCAGUGGUAUUUAAUAACGUAAGCUCUAAAUA